AUGGUUCAGGGAGUCCAAGAGAAAGACUUCGAGCGUAAGAUGAAGAUUAUACCCUAUUGCCUCGAUGACUAUAGAUGCGUGAAACAAGGAGUCAGAUUACCCAGGUAUAUGGUCUACUGGUAUGCCUCAGGGAAUCAAGCAGCGUCCCUGAACCCUGCUGACGUGUACAACAAUAACAUAACAACCAAGGCUGGGUCCAGAUUCUCAGAAAGUUCGUACGAUGAAUAUUUCUACCCCACCAAUACUCCAACAAUCUCUACCAAUACUCCAACAAGCCCCACCAAUACUCCAACAAUCUCUACCAAUACUCCAACAAGCUCCACCAAUACUCCAACAAUCUCUACCAAUACUCCAACAAUCUCCACCAAUACUCCAACAAUCUCUACCAAUACUCCAACAAUCUCUACCAAUACUCCAACAAACUCCACCUAUACUCCAACAAACUCCACCUAUACUCCAACAAACUCCACCUAUACUCCAACAAUCUCUACCAAUACUCCAACAAUCUCUACCAAUACUCCAACAAACUCCACCUAUACUCCAACAAACUCCACCUAUACUCCAACAAUCUCUACCUAUACUCCAACAAACUCCACCUAUACUCCAACAAUCUCUACCAAUACUCCAACAAGCUCCACCAAUACUCCAACAAACUCCACCUAUACUCCAACAAUCUCUACCAAUACUCCAACAAACUCCACCUACUCCAACAAGCUCCACCUAUACUCCAACAAUCUCUACCAAUACUCCAACAAACUCCACCUAUACUCCAACAAUCUCUACCAAUACUCCAACAAACUCCACCUAUACUCCAACAAGCUCCACCAAUACUCCAACAAACUAAAUAAAAAUAAAUCAUACUAA